UGAUUGGUCACUGGAGGCUAAUCAACUUCAUGUUGUCUACUGUUGAGUGCUGAUUGAAUUCUACCAAUCAUUUUGUAAUGUGGCCACCAGGUAAGGCAGCUAGGCAUUGCGAUGCACUUUGGUAGAUGUCAGUUGGUUGGAAGCAGUUGACAAGAAGCCCUGCUUUCUUACUUAUCAGCAAGGCGUAUCUGGAACCUCGGUUAAACCGAUGUUAGGUUGGUGUAGAUGUUCCAGUCGUGUGAUUCUUCAGUGUUUGUUACAUGGUAUUUGACUGCAUACCAAAUCGUAGUUCAUUCUCUUGUGUAUUUUUCAGGUUAAAUUUUCUCUCCCCCUAUACACCUUUGGCCAUUCACUUGUGAAGUGUAGCAACUUCAGCCGGAUGCACUCGUCUGGCACGUUCCACGUUGAUUUUUUUUCUAUUUCUACGGUUUAAGUAACAAGUUGGUGCAAUUCACCACUAUAUGUAACAAUGGAUGUGUUUCAGCAUCCGGUGGUGCUUGGACUGCCAUGUUUCAAUCCACUGAUGAAAAAAUUGAGCAUAAUAAGAUACGAUUGGUAAAUGUGAGUUAUAGACGUGUUCAUAUCGCAUUGUACAAUGAACUGGUACUUCGAGCGAUAAACAUUUCAGUACCUUUUGAGAUGUGUGUUGAAUCGAACCAUAAAAAAAGUGGGACAGUCUAACCAAGCCGUUAAGUCCAUGUAGUACGUAGAUGUUCAUUUUCAAGUGUUCAUUCAAAACUGUUUUACAAGGAUUCAAGAUAAACCAACUCCUACAAUAUCCACAGGCCUUCGUUAUCGAUGUAAUAAAUGAGUACAGUAAUGAAUGCAAAAUUCUAUCACUGAGCCAUAUCCGUAUCUAUCGCAUUCUAAGACCUCGCGCAUCAUAAUGAAGAAAGCAGAUGCUUGUACAUUCGACUCAAUUCAACAGUUAGGGAUUUCGUCGGCUGAUAUAUACUUGUGGCUAAAUUGAGGCCUCUACCACUCCAUUUAUACUUUAGAUACUUGUACGUAUCUGGUCAAGCGAUUAAAGUUGUGCAAAAUCACCCAAGUAGAAGCCUAUUACUUUAAACCCUAAUUAGCUACUAAGUUAUCAGCUCGUCUUGUAUAUUAUGGUUUCAUUUUUAGACUAGUUUUACUUGAUGCAGUCUGCAUCGGGAAUGCAUGCGCAUAUCCAAAAAGAUCUGUGGCAGUUAAAAGGUUAAAUGUUAAUAUGAUAUCUAGUUGAUGACUGGCAGGGGACUCCAAGGCGCGCUCUUCGUUCCACUUAGAAGUCGUCAACUGUAUGUGGCUGCACCCCAGUGAAUAAUGUCCCUACUAGGACUCGGACCCAGUACGCAUCGUUUAAAACGCCAGAGCGUUGUUCGCCAGGUCACGAGAAGUACCUGUCGUGCAACGGGUAUUAGUUGCUGUCAGAUGGUCUACGAUUUGGUGAUUCUUGAAAUCGAGGGAAACACUUGAUGAUAAAAUCUGCGAACGUACAUUGUAAUGCAUGUCAAUGUGUGUAUGAAACCGAAGUUAUAACUGUAAUUGUAGAUGCUAAUCGUUUACUCCUAUUUAGAAGAUAGCUCUUAGAUUUUCGCCAGUAAUCAAACUGUGAAAUAAUUUAGCCGGAGGCAUCAUUUUAUGUGGUUUCUGAAUCAGUUUGUUUGGUUGUCCUAGCUUAUCAAACGCUCAAAUUGUUUUCGUGUCUAACUCUGAAGGAGUGCUGUUCCCAGUAAGGACACUUAUCUGUUGGCAUUCAGUAAGAUCUCUUUUUAUAAUGUAACGAUAUUUCUUCAGCUACUAACUAUCCUCUGGAUUCUACUAUAAUCUUCCUUAUAACCCUUUAUCUUUUUCUUAUCAUACGAUGUAACCAACAAUUAGAAUUAUUUAUUUUUCAGUUUUAUGUAAAUAUGGAGUUGAACCAACGUGUCCCUUUUAUACCAAAGAUCUCCGAGGCUGAUAGUCAAAAUGCUGACAAUUGUGCUGCAUUGAAGUACAGUGCUAAUAAACAAUCAGCAAAUUUCAAGGGUCCUUUAAAGCUUACCAUCGCAACUAUUUGCUUUAUACUUCUUGUGCCUGGUUUGUAUUUCGUCAUCUCAUACCUAUUUUGCUUUGGAAAUGUGAAAUUGGAUGUUGAUGUCUUAGAGGUGAAGAAAUGCCCUGCGUGCGCUGGCCAGUCUAUUUGCUCAUAUUUCUACCGUGGAGAAAUUCAGUUGGUCACUGGUCACAUCGGUACUUUUCAAACUGCAAGUGAUUAUCGGUUGUCUUUCCCUAUAGUCGGACUCAAGGCAGUUAUGGGGUUAUACGAAACCAGUAAAUAUGUUCUGCUUCGUCGCCUUGCAAGUCCAGCCACAUCAUAUGCAGUUGACAAGGCCGUUUGUCGGCGAGGUUUACGCCAGGGUUCUGAUUUCGUCUCUCAAGAUAUUCUUUCAAGUCUUACAUGCAUACCUCAUUUAUCAAUUUGGCGUUGGCGGCCAACAAAUGCUGAUACUCACGAUCCCCAUGCUAAUUCAAUAGAAUUACCUCUUAGCAGAGAAGUUUUGUUAUCACCAAUUCAUUCUUCAAAUCAGAAUGGCAACGAAAUUACGACAGGUUUUGGUCCUGCCACAAGAUGUUCCAGUGAUCGUUUGUUUGAACAUCUUCAACACAGAUUUUUAGAACGAACAAGUUACGGCGCUGAAACUCGAUGGUUACGUUUUGAUGAACUGAUGUUUCUCUUCAAUUUAGCAAUUGAUCCCCAAAGUAUCAUAAUUCAGUCUUUUCCACGCAAAGAAAAUUGGCCUUUUCCAAACUACUUGGGCUCUUGUGGACGUUGGUCUGUUGAAGAAUAUCAUGGCGUUUCUCUGAAUCACUUUUGUCUGGCAUCUGCUUGGAUUAGAUUACAGAUUCUACUCAAUAUACUCAGCCUUCCAGAGAGUUUGGAGCAUCAAUCACUUGUGAAUGAAACAUACUUUACUCAUACUACUAUUUCAAACGACGAACAGUAUUCAUCGAAUGGUUAUACAAUCUAUUUGGGUGAUUUUGAUUUGAAUUCACUUCUUCUUGUGGACCCAAUGACGUAUGACGUAACUCUUUCGAAUUUGCGACAUGCUAUUGUUGUGGACACUCAGACAUUAUCUGAAUUACAGUUCGAACCCAGUGCUGAAGAGUAUAGUGUUCCCAGUCAUGCUUUAGAUCGAGUUUUGACUGGCUUAAGACAACACGAUUGUCUGGGCAAUGUAUCCGUUUCAGGUAAUGCUGGAAGCAGCAGUACACCACCAUGUUUGCAUCAUACUCAUGCAGAUGAUUUAUGCUCUCAUAGAAAAUCGGAUCACAACAUUUGGCUAAUAUGUACCAGUCUAUUAUAUGGCGGUAAAGGUUAUACAACUGGAUGUACAAAUUUUCUCUAUCAAUUACCUGUUGAAUUGUACACUCUCAUAGAACGGUGUGUUCAUGAGUCUGGAGUUGGAGUUCGACGUCGGCUGAUUGACGAGGCGCGUCGUUUAAUUAAACAAAAUCUUUAA